AUUGUUUGGGAAACAAAGCUCAAUUGGCUAAAUUUGAGUUUCUGUACAAUUGUGAAAUCCGGUUUAGUCAAACCGGUUAAGAACCAUUAUUUAUUAAAUUUAUUUUGGUUUUGUUUCGUAAUUUUCAUAUUCUUAUCGUUUAUGGCUUCCGUUGGUUUGCCGGCGUUAAGCUGCCGGAGCUCAGGAGAACAAGUGAAAGAGAUUCGCGUUUGUACGAAUCGCACCUGCCGGAGACAAGGCUCCUUCCAGAUUCUCGAGACUUUAACGGCUCUAGCACCUCCCGAACUCCGAGUCACUCCCUCCGGUUGCCUCGGCCGAUGCGGCGCCGGUCCAAACCUCGUUGCUCUCCCUCAAGGUCUCCUCCUCGGUCACUGCGCCACACCUUCUCGUACUGCUGAAAUCUUGUUCAGCCUCUGUGGUGACGGUGGUCGUGAAGCUUCUUCGUCCUCUGCCGUCGCAGACGCCCUCACCGCUUUAGCGCUCACCAACAAUGCUCUCUCUCAAAUCGAUGCGGGGAACUUCUUGGAAGCCGAAGCACUUCUAACUCAGGCUUUAGAGCUGAAACCCUACGGUGGCUUGCAUAGAAUCUUCAAACACAGAGCAGUAGCAAAAUUGGGAAUGCUUGAUUACUGUGGGGCUCUUGAAGAUAUAAGCCGAGCUCUAGCCUUAGCUCCCAACUAUUCUGAGCUCUACAUUUGCCAAGGUGAUGUCUACGUAGCAGAAGGUCAAUAUGAUCUCGCAGAGAAGUCGUACUUGAAAUGUCUAGAGAUAGAUCCUUCUCUUCGCAGAUCUAAAUCAUUCAAGGCCCGGAUUGCAAACCUUCAAAAUAAAGUUGUUGAAGUAGAUGCGACAUAGAAGUAUUCUGACAUUGGGAGUUGUAUCUGGAUGCAUACUGAUAGAUGUCUACGUGUUUGUCAUAAAAAAGGUAAUUCUUUUUCCUCUACUAGAUCCUUACAAUAAAUGUCUCUUUUUUGGGGGAGAAGGUUGGGGUUUCCAGAGGGGCAAGGCUUGCAUAUAGGUUAUUAGUGUAUCAAGAUGUAAUGAAAUUACGCUGUAUAUAUAUAUUAUUCAAAUGAUAUUAUCAAAGUUAAUGACA